CUCGUAUGCAUUGAAUAGACAUUGAAUUCUCGUACGAAUUAUUAGUUAUAUUCAGAUAUUAGUUAUGGUUUAGUCUCAAAGAGUGACCUAUUAUUGAAUUAGUGAACACUCGUUAUAAUCAACCGCCGAUUGUGUGACCAAUUGUUUACACAACUCAAUAGUGAAUCCUUAUAUCGACCGAUAGUUUGCACUAAUUGUUUGCAAAAUGCAUUUCAAACCAAUCAAUAACAACACUAAUCAUAACAAUCACUACUUAUACCUAUUAUUAGCAUUUCUUGUCAUGUCUUUCAUUCAAACCUCAGAUAACGCGAUCGCAUCCGUCAGUCCAUUACUUCUGAUUGAAAACAAGGCGCUCAACAUUGUCUGCAAUUACACCAAUCAAGAGGGACAACACGUGAUGGUCGAGUGGAAGUGGUUCAAAGAGGAGGUUCCCUACGAUUCCUUUACACCCGAAGACAAACAACGAAUCACUCGCGACUCCAAAGACGGAUCGCUUUUCAUCUCAAAGGCCAACAAAAAGUAU